UCUCCAAGUUGACCAGCCCAAAGGCAACCAGAGGUUUAGGGUUCCGGCCGCCGGAGAAAACCACACGGAGGAGCCGCCGGAGAAGGGCGAGGAAGAUGAGCGGGAGCGCGUUCAACGCGUUCAAGGCGAAGGUGCCGGUGGAGUGGAGCCCGCGCCUCUACAUCACGCUGGUGCGCGGCCUCCCCGGGACGCGCAAGCUCCACCGCCGCACCCUCGAGGCCAUGCGCCUCCGCCGCUGCCACCGCACCGUCGAGCACCGCACCACGCCCUCGCUCCUCGGCAUGCUCACCCAGGUCAAGCGCCUCGUCGUCGUCGAGACCGAGGAGAUGUACAACGCGCGGAAGCUCGCCGACGAGCAGCGCCGCGCGCCCAGGCCCCCGCUCGUCGUCUCGCACGCCCCGCCGCCGCCGAAGGCGGCCUCCGCCGCUGAGGCGGGGAAUUAGCCCCUGGUUAGUCGCCGGAGUCUCUUAGAUCCCCAUGAUUUGCUUGCCUUUGCCCGCUUGCGCGUGUAGGUGCUUGAUGUAAUGCCUAGGAAGGGCCAGCACUUUGUUUCUACCUGUGAGGAGGUUUUUCAUUCCAAUACAAAUCCAUGAUAUCGAGUUAAUGGAAAUAAGUGAUGAAUUUCCUGUGAUCA